AUGGGAAGAGGAGUUACGUGGGAUGACAAGCUUGAUGCAAAGCUUUUGUUUGCAAUUAUCUCAAUGUCGGCGCCCAAAAUCAAUUACGAUGCAGUGGCGAAGAUUAUCGGCAAUGGUAUGAAUAUAGCAACCGUUUUUCCAUUGCAGUUCUUCCAAAUAAUUCAGAUGGCUGACCCUUUACUAGAUUGUACGCCGAAGGCCAUUCGACAUCGACUAGCCCGGAUCAAACUGAAAGCUGACCAGGGCAACAGUGCAUCCUCCUCUCCGGCUAAAACUCCAAAUUCCAAAACUGGUGGUGGACAUGGAAUGAAGGCCAAAAAGCGCAAUGCCAAUGAUAUUUUUGACGAGGAGUCUGGAGAUAUCAAGAAGGUCAAACAAGAACAUGUACAGGAGUCUGACACCGAAGAGUGA